UUCUCUUAACUUUUCAAUUAAUUUUCCAUAUGCUGCGUUUCUUUUGUCACGGUUAUGAUACUCUUUGCACUUAACUUUCCAUAAACACUCUUCGGUUUGGUAAAUGUCAAUAAACUCCUCCAAUGUUUUGCGAUUCAUAAUGAAGUAUUUCUGAAAAGCUGGAAAAGGCGUGCACACUUUAUUUAAGUCACAAAUAGACUGAUAAUCUGUACAGUUUUCCCCCUACACGUGAGAUUUUCAUCUGAAAGGAAAACAAUCAUUAGAUCGUUCAGAUAAAAAGUUUGAAUGAUUCAACUGUUCAUGCCGCUCGAUCAGUUCAUCUGAAACGAUCAAAAUCUGCGCAAAUUUCCCCCUACACGUCAGUUUUAUCUUAACGAUUUAUCUGAUCAGUUAUAUCGUUCAGAUAAACAGUUACGUCUAGGGCCGGCCUAAGCCUGCCAUUCUCGCCAUCCCUGAGGCAGCUGCUCGUCCCAAGUUACCAGCAUACCAGGACGGAGAGGAUAUAGCUACCUAUCUCACUCGCUUUGAGAGAGUAGCGGAACUGUUACAGCUCGACCAGGAUACGUAUGCUGUCAGGUUGGGGUGUCUGUUGACAGGAAAAGCAGCAGAGUUGUACGUCUCUCUUUCUCCUGAGAUUACCAGUGAUUACGACGCGCUGAGAAUGUCCUUGCUGGCAGGAUUCAAGAAGACUUCAGACGGAUAUCGCCUCGAUUUCCGCUCUGCCAAGAUUAGAGACGGGGAAAAUUAUACUCCGUUUGCUGUUCACUUAACCCGUCUAUUCCAGAGCUGGUUGGAGGCUUCUAAGGUUCCGACAUAAUUUGAUUCCUUGAAGAAAUUCAUGGUACUGGACCAGUUCUUGGCUUCUUUGAGUCUUGACCUCCGCACUUUCAUCAAAGAGCACAGACCCUCGUCUCUCGACAGCGCAGUCCAGCUAGCUGAUGAUUGGACCACGGCACACUACUCCAGUCGAUCCUCGGCCAAACCUGCUCCUCGACCCUUGAAGCCCACGGCGAAGACGUCACCACCAGCUCGCACGUCAUCCACACCGACUACUUCCUCCACCAUCAAGUGUCAUGGCUGUGGUGAGUUAGGCCACAUUAGGCCCCGGUGUCCCAAGAAUCCACGGGCCUUCAAAGAGAGUCCUCCAUCUCAACCUUUCACGGUAGGAUUUUGCCUCUCUGAGCACCGUGUUCCUCGACCCCUUGUUGCCGGUACUGUUAAUGGAUCGUGGACCUCUUCCAUCUUUAGGGAUUCUGGGUGUACCUGCAUUGUCGUGGCCGACGAAGUUCUCCCUGAUGCCGACCUCACCAACUGCCGCCGGUGUCAAGUGGCCGACUACCUGGGGCGGGUUGACACCUUCCCUGUUCUCCGCUGUUACGUCAGUUGUCCCUACUUUGAAGGCUGGACUGACGUAGUCCUGGCUCCCAUCAAGUUUGCCAGCGUCUUGAUUGGCGAUGUCCCUGGGGUACGGGUCCCUAAGGAGCCAUACCCUGCCUUCGACUACGGUCCUCAGCCUCCUGCUUCUGAACCCGCUAUACUUCCCUCAUCUUCCAACGUUAUUACACCUCCUGCCCAGAGCUUUGCCAAGUCAGCCCCUGUCUAUCCUGACUCUCUAGUCUCUUCAACUUCCCCACAGGUGUGUGUAGUAGAGACUCGAGCCUCGACGGCUAGGAUGAAGCGCCUUCAUCCCCUUCAUCUUCCUGAUCUCCAGCCACUGUCCGUCACCCCUGAGGAGUUUGGUCGUCUUCAGAUGUCCUGCGAUACUCUGUCCGUCGCACGAGCCAAGGCUGCAACGGGAGAGAUUGACCAAGUUCGCAACAACUCCACCUUUCAGUUCCUUUUCCAAGAAGGACUCCUCUACCGGAAGUGCCUUACUUCACGGCGUCCAGAGAAAUUGGGAAAAUUAUGUUUGGUCGUUCCACGUAAGUGCCGGCCCAUCGUAUUAAAUGUAGCACAUGAGAACCCUUUAGCUGGUCACUACUCCCAUCGCAAGACUGAACAGAAAGUCGCCGAUCAAUUCUUCUGGCCUGGGAUGGGUACUGACAUCAGAGUACACUGCCGUUCUUCGCUUCUCUCAAAAGGGGCGAGUAAGACCAGCUCCCCUUCAGCCUAUGCCCAUCGUUACCGAGCCCUUUGCUCGUGUUGCCAUUGAUCUGGUUGGACCACUCUCCCCUCCAUCCUCAGUCGGACACAGGUAUAUCCUAACUCUCAUCGACUUUUCCACAGGUUUCCCUGAGGCCCUGCCACUAAAGGAUGUCGACUCUAUCUCAGUUGCUGAAGCUCUUCUUACCAUCUUCUCCAGAGUCGGCAUCCCUCGUGAAGUUCUGUCUGAUCGUGGGACCCAAUUCACUUCAGCCCUGAUGCAAGAACUACAUCGACUGCUGGGGGUCAAGCCGAUCUUUACUACGCCUUACCACCCCAGUGGCAACGGUCGCAUUGAAAGGCUGCACGGUCCCCUGAAAGCCAUCCUGAGGAAGCUCUGCAGCGAGAAACCACGUGAGUGGCACAGGUAUUUAACACCUACUCUGUUUGCCCUCCGAGAAACUCCCAGUGACAGGACAGGAUUCUCGCCCUUCGAGCUGCUCUAUGGUCGCAGCGUCCGUGGUCCUCUCUCAGUGUUGCGCGACCUUUGGGAGGACAAGACCCUUCAACAGGAAGAACGGACCAGCUUCCAGUACGUUCUGGAGCUACGGGAUAAAUUGAGGAAUGUAGCAAGAUCGCCGCCCAGAACGCUGAAGUCAGCCGCCGCCUCUACAAGACUUAUUUUGACCUCAAGUCUCAAGGUAGGAGUUUCACCCCAGGAGACGAGGCCCUCUUUCUUCUACCCAGCGACACCAGCAAGCUCCUUGUGUCCUGAAAGGGCCCCUACCGGAUCCUACAGAAAUGGGGUAAAGUAGACUACCUCUUUGAUCUUCCCCAAGGACCUAAAGUCUUCCACGUCAACAUCCUGAAAAAGUACCAUCGCAGGGCCCAAGAUCAGUGUAUACAGGUCCUGGAUGAACUUGCCACCCUAGAAGCACUCUCGGCGCCUGGGAAAGAUGGACCCGCAGUCAUCGAGGAGCAAGUUUCUAACGAAGUUUUUCAGCUCCCGACGACACAGAGUUCCUUAGAGGUCCCCGCUACUAGAAAGCUUCAGGUAGGAGAAUCCCUCACUUGGGACCAGAACGCCAACAUUGAAGAUCUCCUCCGAGAAUUUGCUGAUGUCUUUUCAGAUGUUCCAGGUCACUGCACUACCCUAGAACGCGACAUCACUCUCACCACGACCGACCGAGUCCAAACCAAGGUUUAUCCCGUCCCCGUUCAUCUUCAGCCGUCUUUCAGACAAGAAGUCGAGACUCUUCCAGCAAGGAAUCCUCCAACGCUCGUCCUCUCCUCGCUGUUCUCCUGUUGUGAUGGUAAGGAAACCAGACAAUUCCUACAGAAUGGCUAUUGACUAUCGCCAAUUAAAUUCCAUCACAGUUUUUCAUGCUGAACCCACCUGCAACAUUACCGAGGAUUUGGAUAAAUUCUCAGGAUCCAAGUAUUUCAGCGAGUUGGAUCUGUGCAAGGCGUAUUACCAGGUACCUCUCACAGACAACGCCAAAGCUCUCACAGCUUUUCCAACCCACCUAGGAUUGAUGGAGUUUCGCCGCAUGCCCUUCGGUCUCUCUACUGCCUGUGCUACCUACAUACGCCUCAUGCGCAUUGUGCUUGGUGGGAUCUCUAACGUCUCCUUCUACUUCGAUAAUAUUUUUGUUUAUUCAAAGGACUGGUCCACGCAUCUAGAAGCUCUUCGAGGAGUCUUGGAACGGUUGAGGGAACAUCAUCUCACCGUCAAGCCAUCCAAGUGUCGUUUCGGAGUCCCCUCCAUUCGUUACCUUGGAUUCAUCGUCGACGGGACGUAUCUUCAACCUCAGCAUGACAAGACCGAUGCCAUCACCAUCAUGCUUCCACCAAGAAACUUCUCAAAGCCUUCCUUAGGCUUGUGUCAUUUUACCUCAUGUUUAUCCCGCAGGCAGCUGAAUACACCGGCCCUUUGUCAGACUUGCUCAAGAAGAAUGUUCCCGAACCGUUGGCUUGGAGUGAAGACUUGUUGGUGCGGUUCAAACACCUCAAGGAUAAGUUGGUCUCGCCACCAGUGCUUCGUCUGCCGAACCCGGAUCUGAUCUUCGUUCUGAGGACCGAUGCCUCCAGUCGCGGGAUUGGAGCAGUCCUUCUGCAGUACUACAGCGACUGUCCACAUCUCGUCGCCUAUGCCAGUCGGAAGUUACUCGACCGUGAAACAAGCAGAUUCUUGUUUGGGGGGCCGUGUGAGGGGUAACUACGCCCUGCCGGCCUUGUUAAGUCUGCCGGCCUUGUUAAAUCUGCCGGCCUUGUUAAGUCUGCCGGCCUCGUUCCGCCCUGGCUCCUCCUACUUCCGAGCCGACGUCAUAGCCCGGCUAGCGGGCUAAGGCAGACACCAGCUCACCACCACAUCGUGCACACCUCGCCUUCUCAGCCUCACGCUGGUCCUUCGUCUCGCUGGGAAAGCUGCGUGUAUGGGCUCCUUGCUGCUUCUCCCCUGGCUGAACCGCCCGACCAAGUCACCACUGCUGUCUCCCACUGCACUCCAGCCUAUGGACUUCACUUCCCUGGCCUUUAGCUGAGAGGAUUACAACCGGUGCACCCAACCCCGGUGACUCAGCAGGCCAACCCUUUUUGCACACUACAGUGGUUUGAUUACCUUGUGGUCGUUUUGUUGUCUUUGUUUGUGUU